CGUGCGCGUGCAUGCAUCAUGACAUCAUCGUGCAGUAGUUUUUACGGAAGCACAGUUAACUGGUGCGGUGAUCAUUCCAAGUUGUUAUCAGGUCUAACUACUCCUCAACUUCAAGACAAUUGUCUUCUUUGUUGAUAUUCAGACUCAAAAUGGAUCAUGAGGCUGUGGAAGCUCUGAUUGAGGAGGAAGAAGACGAGGAAGAGGAGAGUCUAUGGAGUAAUCUACCAAACCACAUUUUGGUUUACAUUUUUUCUUUCUUAAAUCUGAGUGAUCGUUGUCAAGCUUCCCUCACCUGUAAAGCAUGGAGUGAGAUAUUCGGAACUCCAUCUCUUUGGAGGAAGUUUAAGUUUCGUUUCUUCACAGAGUCUGAUUCCUGCCAGCUAAAGUGCCUCGACCUCUAUGGGAGCCAGCUCAGAAAUGUGUGCGUGGUACUGAAUCAAAAAGGGGAGGACAAUCGCAAGAAUGCUUGUGAGGUGAUCAACCGUCUGGCAGAGUGCCCUGACCGCAGGCUUCAAGACAUCACUGUACAGUUCACAACAGACAACCCCCUCUUCUUCAAGGGAUCUGAGUUCCUCAAUAGCCUUGCAUUGCUAUUUGGACCUCCUGCCCCAUCUGUGACUAUGCACCACCAGCUACGCAAAAUCGAUCUUGGCCAAUUGGAAUUAUCAAUCAGUGAUAUCAUGCUUGCUUUAAUUGCAAAUAAUCACCCAAACCUAGAAGUUCUUAACAUCCAGAAUCACUCAAUAAACUGCCAUAUCAGUACAGAGCACAUGCUGGACCUUGUACGCAAGUGCAAGAAGCUGCGAGAACUCAGUACUUUCUACAAAUCGGUAUCCGACGAUGUCUUCAAGGCUUUUGCUGAUGCAGACCAUGCAAGUCUGGAAUACCUGUCUCUUGCUUGUCGACGUGAGGAGAAGUACCAUAAGCUACUGUCAGCAGACGCCUGGGAAAUACUUGUGGCUUCUUCGCCAAAGCUUCGUGUUAGUUUACUCUUUGACCACACCAUUGAGCGGCAUCAGAUCAGGCACAUCUUGCAUCCUCAGAUUCCACUCACAGAGCUUGCCAUGCGAACAAUGUCAGAACUCCACCAUGAAGUCGGAAUAGUUGCCACCUUCUAUCCUCGCACCCUAGAAGUCUUCAUUGUCGUGACCAAGGGUUCCGAGUCCUUCAAAACGGAACUAAUGAGGUUGGUGUCAACAGCACCUCAUCUACGGGUCCUGCAUUGCUUUUGCGGCUUGGACGAAGACACCAUAGCCAGAAUCAAAGAGCUUUGCCCAAACCUGGAGGAAUCGACUCUGAAAACAGAAGAUGACUUUAAUGAGAUGCAGAGGGUUUUCGUUGGUAGGGCUGCACGGAAUACUGUCAUGUCUGGCCGGUAAAGGAUGAUUGGAGGUGCCUCUGGUGAGACGGAAAUCUCUUUGAACUUUGAAGGGAGAAAUUUAAUGCAUCAUCUUCCUGGAAAAUCAAAUGCAAUGUCUGAUAUUAUUUUAUAUUGCUUAUUGAUUAAAUCCAUUGAGUUUGAAUCAGGCAUACUUUCAUAUUUAGAUAAAUAUAGCCUCAUCUUUCGAAAAUAUAUGAUCGAUUCGGUGUGUUCUUUUGUGGAAAAGGUUUGCAUUACAGGUCAAGUUGAAAAGGAAAAUUUAACAAUUUCUUUUUGGGUGACAGUUGAGAUCAAUAGGCCUACAUACUGAAAUAUUUUAGUUUUUCACAUUCUUAUAUUUUCUGAAGAGAUUUGUGUGAUCUAAUAAUCACUUAAGCAUAAGAAAUGCCUCAGAUUGUAAUUAAAAAAAAGAACCAAUCGAUGCAGUACAGAUGUGACAAAUGCAAAUUUUGAAUUUGCUGCCUUGUAGAGCCUCACAUUCUGUUAGCUAGCAAUUACUAUUAUAUUUCAGAUUGUUAUAUAAAUGAAAAGGUACACAAUGUGAAUUUGAUUUAACAAAUAAUUUCUUUCCACUAAAAUGAGGAGAAAAAUACAUAUUUUUGAUUACUUUAUGCAAACUUUGUUCCAAAUGCCUUGAUCUUAACACUUCACUAUUAUUAAUUACCCAUUAGGUUUUUGAUGUAACGUAAUGGUUUAGGAGAUAUUGUUUGGCAUUUAAUGAACAGCAAUUAUUAGAAUAUACUUGAUGUGUAUAUUUGCAUUAUGUUUAUUUCUGUUGCAAAGUGGGGUGAUGAUUAGAUGUAAAGGUAAUUCAAUCAUGUUGUUGCAAAUUGAAAGCAUUGGUAUUUGACUGUUGUAUAUUGUAAUUCAUAGUUUUAAAGCUACUUAUUUAUGUACAUCAAUGCCAAUUACAGGGUAUCGAGAACUCGGGUAACGGGAUACCUCUGCUAGAUAACACUAAGAUUGUGAUUUUCGAAAGCUGUUUAUUUAAGAAUAAUGUCAAAGUAUCCAUAGUAUUAUUAUUCUAUUUCCCUUGAUUGUAAUCUCUUCUUAAACUUCAUCCCUUUAUUCAACAGAAUAUUCAUACAAGAUAAGUAGAACAUUGUAAAUGAUGUCUUUUAUUUGUAAUAUUUAUUAUUAUAGGCCAUCGAUCAACAGAAACUGCACCAAAUCCUAAAAAAAAGCAAUGAGUAAUGCAAGACUAAAAUAUAUAGGCAGCUACUGCUCUGUAGCCAUAGUUCAUUGUCUUUUGUAUCAGACACAUUGCUGAUGUUUCAUGUAACAACAUAAGAUUCAUUAAGGCAAAGUCAAUUUUAAAAAAAAUGCAGCAUCCACCUAGAUAAUAGGCUAGGUGUCAGCAAAUUAUCAAAUUACAAAAUUAGUAGAACAACAGUGGCUUCCAAGCAGGUUGGAAGGGACCUGUGCCCCUUUGUAUAUUUUUGAAAAUCACCAAUUAAACAUAAUUGAUAUACAGUAGCUAAAUCUAAGAAAUUAUCAUCUGCACCCCUUUUAUUUUUUAAGAUUUGCUCUUUGAAGCCUCAUUUACAUGUCCUGCCACUGAUUAGGAAAUAACAAUAGAAAGGGAAAAAAUUAAGUUAUGAUAAUAGUUACUGGAUUUGUGAAAUUACUGGAUUUGUGAAAUUCAUUUUAAGGUGAGAUAGGCAGAAAAGUUAAUAGUUUUGUUUUUAACUGUAAAUUUUGAUACCUAUGUUGAAUGUUAUCUUCAUAAGGUGCUAUAUUUUAGUGCUUUCAUUCAAAUGAAUUAUGCCCAAAGAGUAUACAUAGCCGGCUAAAGUAUGCACAAUGCCAAAGCAAAUAACAGUACAAUAUGGAAAAGAAACUUCUGAAGAGAAUAGUAUAAAUAGUGUAAUAAUUACUCAGGGAGGAGCAAGAAUAAACCAUUUAUCUCUUCCUGUGCAAAGGUGAUUCACAAUUUGCAAAGAAUAAUGACAGUAAUUCAUCGCCAGAAUGACAGAAUUGCAAGCUCUUUUUCUUCCCUUGUCUUGUCUCCUCUGGGAGAUGUUUGACUUGCAAUGGCAAUUGGAGCAUGUGGAACGUUAGGAGUGUAGGGUGCAGUCCCUGCUUUAACAUCUUCUGAUUUAAGAAUAGUGUUAAUUCAUAUUCAAUUAGCUUGAUGAAAAACUGGUACUUUUAAUUUAAUGAUGGUUUUUACUUGGCAGUCAUGGGCCACUUUUCAUCAUAGUAUGAUGGCAACAUCAGGCCCAAAGAACAAUCUUGA